AUGUUACAACCCUUGCAUGCACUUUUAAAAAAAGACAUCGAUUGGACAUGGGAUUCGAGAUGUGAGGAGGCUUUUAUUGCAGCUAAAAAUGCUCUCACCUGUGAUAAAGUAUUAGCGCAUUAUGAAGACGGUCGGGAACUCAUUUUGUCAGUGGACAGCAGUGCGUACGGGGUGGGCGCGGUCCUGGCGCAUCGCUACUCGGGCGGGAGUGAGCGCCCUAUCAGCUGUGUUUCACGGUCGCUCAAUUCGGCGGAGCGGAAUUAUAGUCAGUUAGACAAGGAGGCGCUCGCGAUUUAUUUUGGGGUAACUAAACACCAUCAAUAUUUGUAUGGGAGAUCGUUCAUAUUGCGUACCGAUCAUCAACCCUUAUCACAUAUUUUCGGUAAAAAGGGGGGAAUACCACAAACAGCUGCAAGCCGUUUACAAAGGUGGGCCGUGCGUUUAUCAGCCUAUGACUUCAAGGUAGAAUUCGUGAGAUCUUGUGAGAACGGUCCCGCGGAUGCGUUGUCUCGUCUGCCCCUUCCGUGUGAGCGGAGCCCCACGGAAGCGUUAAGUUAUGUAGAUUUAGUUAAAGAUUCAUUGCCUGUAAGUUUUAAAGAUAUUGCGGCGGAGACAUAUAAAGAUAAAUUAUUAUGUAAAAUCAAAGGAUAUGUUUUGUUUGGAUGGCCGGCUCGCGCCAGCUGUGAGGAGGAGCAGGCUUAUUUCGCACGUAAGGACGAAAUCAUACACGAAUUGGGGUGUCUGAUCUUUAAAUACAGGCUUGUUGUUCCACCUCCGCUACGCGCGAGGGUCCUGGAGGAAAUUCACCAAGGGCAUUUAGGAGUGAACAAAAUGAAAAGUCUGGCUCGUAAUUACGUUUAUUGGCCUGCUUUGGAUGCAGAUAUAGAGAAUUUGUGUCGAUCUUGUGAGGCAUGUCGAGUGGUUCGGGACGCUCCGCCCCACGCCACUUUACAUCCUUGGGAGUUUCCCCUAGGGCCCUGGCAAAGGGUUCAUGCGGAUUUUGCUGAAUGUGGGGGUGUAAAAUAUUUUAUAUUAGUUGACGCUUUCUCGAAAUGGAUUGAGGUAAUUGCAAUGAAACGAACAGACACGGAAUCCACGGUGUCAGUGUUGAGGUCUAUGUUUGCUAGAUUCGGAUUACCGUCACAGCUAGUUACUGAUAAUGGCCCCCCGUUCUCGUCUAUAGAUUUUAAAACUUACUGUAAUAAAAAUUGUAUACAACAUGUAACGUCGGCACCGUACAGACCACAAGGUAAUGGGGCCGCGGAGAAUGCGGUUAAGACGGUAAAGAAGGUAAUUAAAAGAGCUAUUUAUGAAGGCGAAAAUAUUUCUAAAGCACUGUCGAAGUUUUUAUUUCAAUAUCGUAACGUUGAGCACGCCACGACUAAAGUGUCGCCGGCCGUAGCGCUUUUAGGCCACCGUCUGCGCGGUCGCUUAGACGCGUUACGUCCGGACGUCGGUGCAGAGGUGCGCACGGCACAGCAGCGGCAGAUGGCUAACAAGGGAGGUCAGGAUAGGAAUUUCGAGAACGGGGAUCCCGUACUUGUACGUAGUUAUUCCAGUAAGUCGCCUAAAUGGGUCGAGGGUAAUGUGACGCAAAAGACCGGCCCUGUUUCUUAUAAGGUGAAGGUUGAUGACGGGGUUGAAUGGCGUAGGCAUCAAGAUCAAAUUAUUUCACUGAAUAGUGGGAACCGUAAAAGUCGAUUCUCUUUAUCCCGGCCGAAUUUGAAUAACUCGACUAAUUGUGCCCCCGCAAGCGAUGGUGCUGACGGGACAUGUGCUGAUGUGGCGGAGGAGGAGGAGGCGGACCAGGACGCGACCGACAAGGAUACAGGUAAAUCGACUGCAAAUUCAGUCACGCGCUCCCCCACCCCUCCUCCUGACGGUGCAUCAGCUCGAGCUGUACGAGCUUACGAGCGUUCCCGUAAGUUGUUUAAUAACGAGUAA